AGAGCGCACGAGCCAAAACCAGAGUAGUUUUGUGACAAAACUGCGAUGGAAACCCAUUGAAUUUGAGAUUUUUAUUCGGUACAUGAUCAUUUAAGCGGAAAAGUACAUUUUUGUGUAGGAACCAUUCCUACCUUACGUUUGCUUCCCCUCCGGACUCAUUAAAAAGCGAGGGAAAGGGAAUCAAGAUGGCGCGUUCAGCGAAGGCAACGUUGGUUCUGUGUCUGGAUGUGGGUUUGUCCAUGUCCAACUCUGCCCCGGGACAGGAGCCGCCCUUCCAACAGGCCAAGAAAGUCAUCCAGAAGUUUGUUCAGCGCCAGGUGUUUGCUGAGAACAAAGAUGAGCUGGGUCUGGUGCUGUUUGGGUCAGACAACACUAAGAACAACCUAGCUAAAGACGACCAGUACCAGAACAUCUCAGUACACCGCCAACUCAUGAUCCCAAACUUUGAGCUGCUGGAAGAGAUCCAGAAUGAUGUGCACCCUGGGAGUCAACAGGCUGACUGGCUGGAUGCUCUAGUUGUAUGCAUGGACCUGCUUCAGAACGAAACUCUGGGGAAGAAAUAUGAGCGUCUGAACAUCGUCAUGCUCACAGACCUGAACACACCGAGCAGUCCUGACCAGCUGGACAUUAUCAUAGGCAACCUGAAGAGAGCCGGCAUCACUCUGCAGUUCUUCCUACCCUUCCCUGUAGAUGGAGGGGGUUCCAACCCCCCUCACGGGGGUAAAGCUCUGUCCAGAGAGCAGCAGCAGGGGCUGGAGAUGACCAAGCAGGUCAUGAUGUCUCUGGAUGAAGAGGACGGUCUGGAGGAAGUCUACACCUUCAGUGAUGCUAUAGAGAAGUUGUCUGUGUUUAAACAUGUUGAGAAGAGACCCAUGGCCUGGCCCUGUACUCUGACCAUCGGCAGCUCUCUGACCAUCAAGAUCGUUGGCUACAAAGCAGUAUGUGAGGAGAGACCCAGGAAGUCAUGGUCGGUGGUAGAUGCUCAGACACACCAGAAAGACGACAUAAAAAGAGAUGUAGUUUACUGUCUGAACGAUGACGAAGAGACCGAGGUUCAGAAGGACGACACCAUACAAGGGUAUCGUUAUGGCAGUGACAUCGUCCCCUUCUCCAAAGUUGACCAGGACCAGAUGAAGUACAAGACAGAUGGGAAGAGUUUUGCUGUGCUGGGCUUCACCAAACAGAGCAUGAUCAACAGACACCAGUUCGUGGGGACUCAGGUCCUCAAGGUGUUCGCCCCUAAAGAUGAUGAGCAUGCAGGUGUAGCUCUCUCCGGUCUGAUCCGUGCUCUGGAUGACCUCAAGAUGGUGGCGGUGGUGAGGUAUGUUUACGCCCGCAAUGGAAACCCACAAGUAGGAGCAGCCUUCCCCUGUAUUAAGGAGAAGUAUGAGUGUCUGGUGUAUGUUCAGCUUCCGUUCAUGGAAGAUCUGAGGCAGUACAGCUUCCUUUCUCUGGAGAACAACAAGAAGUACACUCCCUCAGGUAGGCUAGUGGACCACUCCUGCCCUAGGAUGUACACUCCCUCAGGUAGGCUAGUGGACCACUCCUGCCCUAGGAUGUACACUCCCUCAGAGGACCAGCUGUCGGCGGUGGACUCUCUGAUUGACUCCAUGAUGUUGGUGGAGGAGGAUGAAGAUGGAGAGAAAAAAGACCUCUUCAAAGUCAACCACAUCCCCAACCCUCAGUACCAGAGACUGUUCCAGUGCCUGCACCAUCGGGCGGUGAACCCCAGUGCCCCCCUCCCCCCCAUGGACCCCUGGCUGACUACAGCUCUCCAGCGCCCCUUGGCGGUGGCCACCCGCUGUCAAGCCCCCCUGGAGACACUGAAGAAGAAGUUCCCUCUGAAGGAGGUGGUCAAGAAGAAGGAACUGAAGACCAGCAAGGAGCUGUUUGGGAAUGGCACUGAGGAGCCUGAUGCCAAGAAGGCCAAAGUUGACGAGGAAGAAGACUUUAACCUGGCUGACAUCACAGAGGGAAGCAUCACACAGGUGGGCAGUGUAGAUCCAGCACGGGAUUUCCGCACUCUGAUUCGCCAGAAGAGUCUUCCGUUUGGAGAGGUGUGUCAACAGCUGACUGGCAGGAUAGAGCAGUUGCUUGGCAACAAGAACAUGAACUACUACAUAAAAUGCAUCCCCUGUAUCCAGACCUUCAGAGAGCAGUCUGUUCAGGUUGGGAAUGCUGAUCACUACAACAGCUACAUCCAGUCUCUGAAGACCAGUAUUCCUGUUAGAGGCCUUCAGGAAUUCUGGGACAUGCUAGUCCAAGAUGCCCUGACCCUGAUCAACAAGGACGAAGUUGAAGGGAGCGCGUUCUCGAGUCAUGAUGCAAAGCAGUUCCUGACUGCAGGGGAGAAGAAAGAGGAGGUAGUAGCGGCCGUGGUGGACGAUACAGGAGAUGUGGACGACUUGCUGGACAUGAUGUGAGGUAGAAGACGGCGGGGUUGAGGAGUGGAGGAUGAAGGAAACCAAACAGAUUCAACUGUCCAUCUGCCACCUGGAGUUAACAGCUGGGAUUUUGACCAUUUAUUGCACUUCCCCAGAGUCAGAUGAUUACCAUGUGGAUGCCGUUUUUAUGUCUCUGCAUUCAGUAGGUAGGAAGUCAGAGGUCAUGCUAGCUGAUAUCAUAUACAGAGCAUCCGGAAAGUAUUCAGACCCCUUGACUUUUUCCACAUUUUGUUACGUUACAGCCUUAUUCUAAAAUGGAUUAUAUUGUUGUCUUUCCUCAUCAAUAUACACCCCAUAAUGACAUCACAAUACCCCAUAAUGACAUCACAAUACCCCAUAAUGACAUCACAAUACCCCAUAAUGACAUCACAAUACCCCAUAAUGACAUCACAAUACCCCAUAAUGACAAAGCAAAAAACAGGUUUUUAGAAAUUUUGGCAAAUGUAUUAAAAAUAAAAACGUAUUGCAUUUACGAAA